UAUUGGAUAAAAUCUCAAGAAAAAUGGCUGCUGCAGUUUAUUCUCGUCUUCCAUAUGUUCUUUGGUUCCAUAAUUUGGAUUGCCAAUGGAACCAGGGGCUCUUCUUCCUCACUCGCGCUCUCCCGUCUCGGUAUUCCGCAGUUGUAAAGGAAUUUCAAUUUUGAUGCAAUGUCCACUUUCAGCUUCGGUGCGAAUGGCGUCUCAAGGUGUGCAUCCUGUCAUCUGCUCUACUUCUGAAAGGCAUAGCAAGGAGAGGAUUUCAAGAGAUAACGCGGUUAAAAACCACGGCGCUAGAGCAAAAGCAGGUCAAUCGCAAGCGUCCACUGCUGGAAGUAGAACAGCUACAGGUAACCUCAAUGGUGCUAGGAAUCCGCAGAAGGUGAAUUUGGAAGUAUCACCUCAUAGAGCUGUGUCUGCUGUGAGGUUGAUGCGCAUUCAACUCGGUGGAGCAUUUGCUGAUCUGUUGAAUGAGCAAGGAAAAGGUUCAGGAGAUAACGAGAUGGGAUAUGUUGAGAGAACUCUUGGUUUUCGUACUCGUGUUCUUGAUGACAGAGAUCUACGACUAGUAACUGAAAUUGUGGGGGGUACCAUCCGGUGGAGAAGAUACCUUGACUAUUUGAUUCUGUCACUGUGUCACAAUGAAAACACCUUCAGCAGCAUGGAACCUCUCCUAUUGCAGAUUCUACGAAUUGGUUCUUAUGAGAUUGUCAAGCUUGAAAUGCCUUCAUAUGCAGUGGUUGAUGAGAACGUAAAGCUAGCAAAGGCUGCACUAAGGCUUGGAGCUGGUAAUUUGGUUAACGCAAUUUUGAGGAAGCUUGUGCUGCUAAAGGAAAACAACUCACUUCCUGUUCCAAAAGUCGAUGGUGAUGACAGGCAGCAAGCACGUGCUCUAGCCACUAUUCAUUCUCAUCCUGUUUGGAUGGUGAGACGAUGGACUAAUUACCUUGGUCUUGAAGAUGCUAUAAAGUUAAUGGUCUGGAAUAAUACAGAUCCUUGUUUUAGCAUCAGGGCAAACACAAAUAAAGGAUUCACAAGAGCAGAUCUAGUUGCAGAACUUCAAAACUUAAAGGUUCCAUAUGAACUUUCUCUGCACCUGGAUGAUUUUGUCAGAAUAGAGAAAGGAAUGCAGCUUAUCAUUCAAGCUGGAUUGCUAAAAAGAGGUUUAUGUUCAGUUCAGGAUGAGAGUGCAGGAUUGGUGGUUAUGGUUGUGGAUCCAAAACCUGGUGAGAGUAUUAUUGACUGCUGUGCUGCACCAGGAGGAAAAACACUUUUCAUGGCUUCACAUCUGAAUGGCAAUGGGAACAUAUAUGCCAUUGACAUAAACAAAGGCCGAUUAAGAAUCCUCAAAGAGACGGCCAUGUUGCAGGAAGUUAGUCAUGUCAUUACUACUAUACAAGCUGAUCUUCAUGUUUUUGCUGAGAAAAACGAUGUGAAGGCUGAUAAAGUUUUGUUGGAUGCACCUUGUUCUGGAUUAGGUGUUCUUUCUAAGAGAGCAGAUUUGCGCUGGAAUAGGAAACUUGAGGACAUGGAGCAACUUAAAAAAUUGCAAGAUACACUUCUUGAUUCAGCUUCCACUUUGGUAAAGCCUGGUGGAGUACUGAUAUACAGCACCUGUUCAAUUGAUCCUGAUGAGAAUGAGGAAAGAAUUGCUGCUUUUCUCCAGAGACAUCCAGAAUUCUGCAUAGAUCCAGUACACAAAUAUGUACCCUCCUGUUUCAUAACAUCAGAUGGAUUCUAUCGCUCAAGUCCUAUCAAACACUCAAUGGAUGGAGCCUUUGCAGCCCGACUGUUUAGAUCCAGAUGAGUUUUUAAGAUAAUCAUUUCAGCAGUUCUUUUCUGCUCUACUCUUCAGUGCAUUCAUUUUGUCACAGUAAACUACAAUCUGGCUUCAAGGAAUAUGCGGAGGCUCGAAGGUGAUUGGAGUUGUCAUGCUAUGAAGAAUGCACGACCCAAGGUAUGAAGAACACAGUGAUGAUGAUUCCUGAAAUAUGAGCAUUAAUCUAAAGGAAUCAUCAAGGUUGUAUUAGCAGACCUGAUGCAUAAAAAACUGCUCGCAACUCAGGUAUGCUGUAAUAUAGCUAGAAUCAGAGGAGAUAUGUAAUGAUGUAUGGCCUUUAAACCUGGCCACAAUGGUUUGUGUACGUAAAAAUAGGCACGGUGUUCCUAAAUGUUGCUCAAGUUUUGUAAUGUUGUUCUGUCUGGCAUUUGGAAUGAUUUUGGAUCCAUAUUGUCCAUCCCAAUAACUAACUUAUUACCCAGA